AUGGCCGCAGAUCGCAGGACUGCGAACCCUUCUUUACCGAAGGUCGAAGACUUUGCGUUUCAGAAUAUUCUCCGAGCCGUCGACGCAGAUGUACGGACUGCUAUCGAUGCUAUCGCUGAGAUAUGCGCCAAGAGCAGGAUGAGUUUGGCGGACGAAUACGGAGCCCAUCUUCCUCCGCAGGGCGAAAUCACGGAUGGACGAGCAAACCACACCGCAAGAGGCCACAGAGCUGCAACAGCUGAUCAUUCACUUCCUGCGCUUCCCGAGGCAUCGUCGAGCAGCGAGCGCUUGGCUGGUAGUUCCAAAGCAUCGACCGUGUCUGGGAAGGGCAAGGGAACCGCAUACGGCUCGCUAAAGAACAUCAUAGCUGGGCCAGCCAAAGACGAACUUGCGGAGGGAUCCAACAUGGCCAAAGACCUGAGGUUCAAGAGCCUGCCACUGCUCGGUCUCGUCGGCGGCGAGGGGAUGAGCGCUCCAGCAGCAGAGCCAAGGGCUCACUCGCAUGCCCAUCAGCGUGCUGCCAGUUGGGCCUUCCUGAGUGCGCAGCAUCCUGCCAUUGCGCUGGCACCUGGUGGAGCAGCCUCUCCCUUGGUUUCGAUGGACAGUACCGCCAAUAUCCGUGGGCCACCCACCAACGAUGCUGCUGCGUCGACUACCAACCGUAAAGACAAUGGUCUUAUCGUGCAACGUUCACGGUCUAGCCCAAUCGUCUCUUGGUUGCCAUGGGGAAAGCGCCAGUCUAGCCCACAGAUUUCUGCACUGGGAGACUCGCAUGCCGCAAUGAAGCUGAAGGGCCUGCUACAACCAACUUCACUUGCGAGAAACAAAGCUGUCACUGGCACCGGCUGA